AUGAAGGUCUACCCUGAUGAGGACGACACCUUCACCUUGACUGAGCUUUGGAGUGCAUUACAACUGAUACGCCAGAAUGCGGCUAUUGACAACGGAUCCCACCAGUUGACCUUUGCCCAGAAUAGCCCUGCCCGAGCCGACGGUGCGGCUGAUCCUGCCGGUGAUGACCUCAGUGACGACGAGUUAACUGUCUCGCAGCCUCCUCCUGGCAUUGUUCCAGCCCAGACGCAGCCUCCUCCUGACAUUGUUCCAGCCUGGACUGCUCAACCAUCCACAUUACUUGAUUCAGCUGCGCAAACCGCUCAACCAUCCACAUUACCAGCUGCGCAACCUGUUCCAACUGUCACUGCGCAGCCUCUGGCACAAGCGCAUGCCAACCCUCCUGCCUCUUCACGCUGGUACACUAUCACCGUUGGGCGUGAGACAGGCGUCUUUCAGGGCUGGCACAGUGCUCAUAUUCAUGUUGUUGGAGUCCCGGGUGCAUGUUUUGCUCGUCACCCCACUCGUGCUGCUGCUGAAGGAGCGUACACAGAGGCACUGGCUGCUGGUGGAGUGAUGCAGGUGCCGGCAUGA